CCCUACGCCAAAGUUAGUAGUUGCGCUGCGGCCAGCCAGGUAGCCUUCACCGCUUGAUUGCUGCGGCUUUUUCAGUCACYGACGGGUGUAAUUUUAAGACGUGGAAUAUUCUACUUGUUCAAUAGCCUAUMAAUUAUUUUAUUUAGUUCAGUUAUCUUAUUCUGUCUUGGUAGGACGCAUAGGCUAAGUCUUCACAGGGCAAGGCUAUUAGGGAUAGAGCAAGUAAGGCUAUUAUUUGCAUCAGGAGUUAGCUUUCAAGCUAAAUUAAGAAGWCUGUUUUCAUGCCGGAUUUUGAACAUUUCAGGUUUUCAUACUCAAGCAUGAAUCCGUUAUUGGGAGAGAACGCGUACCUGGUUCAGCAACAGCAGCAUAACCAGAUGGGCAGCAAUUUGGAUUCUUCCAUGACAGGCCUAGACUCAUACGGUGCAUCUGACUCAGGCUUCAUCUUGGGUGAGCACACUGGCUUUGGACAAGAUGGGCUAUCUGGCCUGGAAUUUAGUGCGCUGCCACCUUCGGGACUCGCGUAUCUGCACCUGAACAACAUGCACCGUGCGCCGCCGCCCCCCGCAGCGAUGGCCCUGCGUAACGACUUGGGCUCCAACAUCAGUGUUCUCAAGACCUUGAAUUUGCGCUUCCGUUGCUUUUUGGCUAAAGUUCAUGAGCUAGAGCGUCGGAAUAAAGCUUUAGAGAAACAGCUUCAGCAGGCUUUGGAAAAUAACGAGGACAAUUCAGGAGAAGGACACAGGAAAAAGCCAUUGACUAAGGAAAUGGGAGUCCAGACUGGUUUCGUAGGGYCCAUCGCAGUUAGGCCUGGACAUAUCCCCCUCCAGAACGUCAAUAAUUCUGCAUACCUGCCCGGAGGGCUUCUCUCUCCAUCACUCAACAGACCUACAACUCCCGUCUUUGAGUCCAACAGCAAAUCACUAUUUAGGAACUCGACUCUGACUGACUCGAAUUGCAACCUCAAUUCCAACCAACUCACUCCACAUAUUUCCAUCAGUCCUUUAUUAACCCCUACUGAUCCUUUCGAGACUAUAUCCAACAUUAACGAGAAAUAUGUCCGUUUUGGGACUGGUAUGUCUACUAACCCGCCUCCCCGGUUCCUUCCCGGCACCGUUUGGUCCUACAACCACGACCGCAGGUUUGGCGCGGGGAGGGAGUCGCGCGUUACAGACAUGGGUGUGCCUUGUGCCCAAACGGACGGAGUAGGUGUACAAAUCGACACCAUCACCCCUGAGAUACGGGCCCUGUACAACGUGUUGGGCAAGGUGAAACGAGAGAGGGAUGAGUAUAAACGCAGAUGGGAGGAAGAGUAUACAUUCAGAGUGGACCUCCAGGAGAAAGUGGCUGAGCUGGAGGAGGAUCUCCAGGAGAGUGAGGUGUGUCAGGAUGAGCUGGCCCUCGAGGUGAAACAGCUGAAAGCUGAGUUGGUCCUCUUCAAAGGCCUAAUGAGCAACAACCUGUCGGAUCUGGACAGUAAGAUCCAGGAGAAGGCCAUGAAGGUGGACAUGGACAUCUGUAGACGCAUCGACAUCACGGCUCGCCUGUGUGAUGUGGCCCAGCAGAGGAACUGUGAGGACAUGAUCCAGAUCUUCCAGAUGGCCACACCUCCUUCCACUCUGACUCGCCGGCCCCGAAAGCAGGCGGCCCAGUCGGUUAAAGGCGGUGAUGGGGAUGAACCAACCAGCAUCUCUGAGAGCGAGAGGGGCAAGGAUGAGGAGUCGUGUAGCACGUCAGCCAAUCAGAUCAACGAGGAGAUGCAGAGGAUGCUGAACCAGCUGAGGGAGUGUGAGUUUGAGGACGACUGUGACAGCCUGGCCUGGGAGGAGACUGAGGAGACUCUGCUGCUGUGGGAGGAUUUUCCAGGAUACACUCUGGGAGCAGUGGAGACCCAGGGAGAGCAGGAGGAGUCCAUAGAGAAGGUGAUAAAGGACACAGAGUCCCUCUUCCAGACUAGAGAGAAGGAAUAUCAGGAGACAAUCGACCAGAUCGAGUUGGAGCUGGCCACGGCUAAGAGUGACAUGAACAGACACCUGCACGAGUACAUGGAGAUGUGUUCCAUGAAGCGAGGCCUGGACGUGCAGAUGGAGACGUGCAGGAGACUCAUCACCCAGAGUGGAGACAGGAAAUCUCCCCCUCUCGUUACUGCGGCAAUGGAAGACUCUGAUGAUGGAGAGAAGGAGUGGAAAAAGGCGUCCCCACCCGCAGACUCUGAAAGUGAUGAACCCUACUGUGAAACACAGGUUAAUAGUGGUACGGUCCCUCACUUACCAUGGAGGAAGUCCUAACCCUUACUGAUGAUACCCUGUAGAUGUACCAUAGUCUGGAUAGUGCUGUUGUUUACAUUUUUCCCAUCAAUUAUGUAAAACCGGCAGACUCUUUCCAGGGCCAUAUGUCACCACUGCCCUCUUGUGGUUCAGGUUAUUAAAACACCUAAUCUGAGGAUAGGACUAAAUGGCACUUAAAAACAUUUCAAUGAAUUUCUUAACAUUGUGCUAUUUAUAUCUCUUCUUAUAUGAUAUGAACGAUCAAAAUAUAUACAUUUUUGUUAAGUUUGCACAUUGAUCUUGCUGUUCGUAGCAAGGUCCAACCAAAAACUAUUUGCACACAGUUUUUGUGGAAUAAAUGCCUUAUGUUACAUUGCAGUUACAGAUUUGAAACCACAGCUGACUUUUUGAAGGCAAACAAAAAAAUUWGCAAACUACUUGCACAGGAUAAGUAAUUAUCUAGUAGUCUGUUGCAGUCAAACAAAAUGAGCAUUUGCAAUUUGCAAAAGCGAAAGGACCUAGCUGUUGAUAGCCAUCUAUGAAAAUGUAUUUUCUUUAUAAUUAAUGUCCUUCUCAUGAUCUAUUUUCCCUUUUUAAAAGUAUGGAUACCACUUCUAGGAAACCUGUAGAAAGAUUGCUUAAAAAGGCUUUACAUCCUUCAAUCUCACAACAUUCGUAUAUACACAACAUGUUAUUAACAGAAGUUCACAACAUUCGUAUAUACACAACAUGUUAUUAACAGAAGCUCACAACAUUUGUAUUUAUGUUGAAUUUAUUAUUAUUUACUUUAUUUGAUUACAUAUUCAUACAUACUUGAUUCAUUUAUUUCAGCCCUUUUUCAGUCGUCAUUGAAAUUCAGAUAGCUAUGUAUUUAUUUUAUAUUAAAAUCACUAUAAAGAAAGUAUGAUAGUUGAUAGAUUUUUUUAAUAUGAAAUGCAGGGGAUAAUAUUAUGUAGUUUCGCAAAGAUAAUUCACAAAAGCCAUUGCUAUAAAGUUUAGAGUUAAAAGUAAAAAAUUGGUACCGUUAGCUUUGCACUGUCGUGCACAUUGCUGUGAUUCCAAACUAUAAGCAAACAUAGAAGCAUACUGCAUUAGACCCAUGGAUAGUGUUGAUAUCACAACCCACAYAAACAAGUCCUACAAAAGCACAYGCUCAAUGCUAGCGUAUCAAACCCCAGCCAGCAGUGACUUUAUCUUGAACUUWAAAAAAGCUCUCUGAUCAAUCAACGGCGAAUCAGACUGGCAUCUUGGUGCACUUUUCAAAUGGACAGCCAAGGAGGUAUGAGUUUAAAGGCUGUGGACAAAGGRACAAGUAGGCUGCAGUAGAUGUUGGUCCUGUUCAGGACAAUCUAACAUACUGCUAGCAGGUGAAUAACGUCUUUAGGAGCUCAUUCAAGGACACUCAAACUGUGACAUGUUUGAUGUAGCACGUGAGACCUUCAUUAUCUGAACACGGGCACACCACCUAGUGUGUUUAACCGUCUGCUUUGUGAGAUCUGUGGUUUUGUGUCUGGAUGUUGCACAGUUUCGUUGCACUUGAACAUGCUCAGUGUUUACAGUUGGAGAAAACGUAAACAACAAUCAUAUCUAGGGCUYGAUUCAAAUCAGUGGCGCAGAAGAUCAGCGUUGACAUUUAAAAGCAAUGUCUCCGCRUUCGCGGAGACUCCAUUCACGGUAAACGCUGCAUGUGUCGGCUCAAUCAGAAAUGACCUUUACAUUUCAAUCACACUACAACACAGAUUGUCCGCGCUCCGGAUUGAAUCGAGCCGCUCCUUUGUUUAUUGAUGUCUGAAAGCCUAUUGUAAAUACCCCCCCCCCCUUCUAUAUUGUACAGUUUGUACAUCUCCACAUAUAAGUUGCACAAAAGGAUCUAUAUUCAACAGUAAUGGGAAACACUGUAUAAAAAAUGCAAACAUAUAACACCUGUACUAGCUGUUACUGAAUGUAAAUAACAUGUCAAUGUACACUGAGAAGACAAAUCCAUGUAAGAGAAGCCAGGAAUGCAUGUGAGAUUUCAGAAAGCGAUUUCAGACAGUAUGAAUGAAACGGUGGCCAUUGUAUAGGGAGUGUCUUUGGGUGUUCUAAGACCAGCUUUGUUGGUGUGCAUGUACCUCUGUCUAGUGCUGUCGGUCUUGUAUUGCAAGAAUGUUUCAGAGUUUACUUGUUCGCCUCUCUGGGGAUUCAAAACAUAUCUGUCAUAUUAUAAAACUUGAAUGUCUGCCUAGUAAAUUCUCUCAUCUUUACCGCAAAAGAGUAAACACAGAAGAAUGUACAGAAGAAAACAACAACACCAAAAGCAGUCUUAAAACUUGCAUCGCCAUAGCCAUCAAUAGACUACCAUACCUCGUCAUGCAACUGUGUACAGAAGCUCAGCAAGUAAACUUUUGAAAACGUCAAUGUUGAAAUAUGAAUAUUAGCAACAGCUGUGUAAGAAUUACGAUUAUAUGUGGUGAAAGAGUUGAACAUUACAUUUCCAGUCUCAAAUGAUAUACACGGAGUAUACCAAAACAUUAGGAACAACUUCCUAAUAUUGAAACAGCCUCAAUUCGUCGGGGAAUGGACUCCACAAGGUGUCGA